AACCCCGCUGGUUCACAUCUUUUGCUCUAAUCAAUCUCCCUCCAUCCCCACUUUAUAUUUCAUUUCAUAGUCUUAUAAUUUCAUUUACUACUAUACCAUAAUAAUAAUAAUAAUAAUUUUACUGUGUUAAAAGAAGGAUAAGAUAAGAGAACAUUGAGAUUUGUGUUUUUUUGUUAAUUAUUGUUUAUAGUAUUGAAGUAAGUUUAUUAGUUUAAUUGUGGGAUUUUUCCUAUGUGUAUGAAUUGUUUGAUGGAUGAAGUAGGAGAAGUUGUGAAAAAACAUGAACAUGUGAAAAAAAAUUCACUAACGUUGUUAAUAAGGAUCAAAGGAGUAGCUACUACUGGUACUAGCUAGUUUCUUCUAUAUUUUAUAUAAGAUCCUAUUUUCACUCAUGAAGAGACUCAACAACACUUCAGAUUCUUCUUCAACACCUCUCAUCACAAUCUCUCCAUCAACAGAGGAACAUAGUCCAAGGAACAAACAUGUGUAUGGUAUGGAGUUUCAAUCAAUGAUGUUGGAUGGAUUUGAAGAAGAAGGAUGUGUUGAAGAAACUGGUCAUCAUUCUGAGAAGAAACGUAGACUAAGAGUGGAUCAAGUUAAGGCUUUGGAGAAAAACUUUGAGGUAGAAAACAAGCUUGAACCUGAAAGGAAAGAGAAGCUUGCCAUUGAACUUGGGUUGCAGCCUAGACAAGUAGCUGUUUGGUUCCAAAACAGGAGAGCAAGAUGGAAGACUAAACAGUUGGAAAGAGAUUAUGGUGUUCUUAAAGCUAAUUAUGAUGCUCUUAAGCUCAAGUUUGAUGCAAUUGCUCAAGAUAACAAAGCUUUUCACAAGGAGAUUAAGGAAUUGAAAUCAAAGCUUGGAGAAGAAGAAAAAAGCACAAUCAAUGUUUUGGUGAAGGAGGAGUUAACCAUGCUUGAAUCUUGUGAUGAAGACAAGCAUAACCCAUCUUCAGAAACAUCAAAUCCUAGUUCAGAAUCCAAAGAUCACUUGGAUUAUGACUGCAUAAUCAACAACAAUGAUGUUGGUAUUGGUGAAACUUCUUCACUCUUUCCGGUAGACCUGAAAGACGGUUCUUCAGACAGCGACUCUAGUGCAAUUUCUUCAUCCGGGGUCCUUCAAAGUCAGCAGCACCUUUUGUUGUCUCCUGAAUCUUCCUCCAUGAAUUGUUUCCAGUACCAGAAAUCUUAUCAUGUGAAGAUGGAGGAGCACAAUUUCUUAAGUGCGGAUGAGGCGUGCAACUUUUUCUCCGACGAGCAAGCACCAACCCUACAAUGGUACUGUCCUGACCAGUGGAGUUAAAAUUAAAAGCAACAAAAAGGUUAAGGGUUUUAAUGUGAAAAGAAAUAAUUUCUCAAAGAGAUGUUGCAAGGUUUUUAUGGAACAAGUUAUAUAACUCUACAUCUUUGUAAAAAAAAAUGGCUGGUUUGGUUGCUUUGUGGUUUUAAUCUUGGACAUCAAAGGUAGCAAAACUAUGACUGAGUUGUUGCAUGUGAAGAAAGAACAGAAGGGUUGGGGAAAGCUGCUUGUGGCAGCUAGAAGGAUGGUUUGGGGAUUAAGGUUGAUUAUGGCUCUGGUAUGAUAUGAAUAAUUACUAAGUGGUAAUAAUGAAAAUCCAUGCUGUACAUUUUUUUUUUUUAAUUCAAGCAUCAAAAUUUGCUUUA